GGUGUAGGCCUUCAACGCAGAUUCAGAUUAAAUGUACGGAGGAAGAGAAGGAAGGACGGAGUAGAAGAAGAAACGGACUCUUCGCUGUAGAUCGAAAUGGCGGCGCCAGCAGAGAGGAUGGAGGUUUCUCAGGGAGAGAGCUCAGCCAAGCCUGCAGCUGAAGACAUGACAUCCAAGGACUACUACUUCGACUCCUACGCCCACUUUGGGAUCCACGAGGAGAUGCUGAAGGACGAGGUCCGGACCCUGACCUACCGCAACUCCAUGUUCUACAACAAGCACCUGUUCAAGGACAAGGUGGUGCUGGAUGUGGGCAGCGGGACGGGCAUCCUCUGCAUGUUCGCGGCUAAAGCCGGAGCCAAGAAAGUCAUCGGGAUAGAAUGCAGCAGCAUUUCUGACUACGCCGUCAAAAUAGUGAAGGCCAACAACAUGGAUGACGUUGUGACCAUCAUCAAGGGGAAGGUGGAGGAGGUGGAGCUGCCGGUGGACAAGGUCGACAUCAUCAUAUCGGAGUGGAUGGGCUACUGUCUGUUCUACGAGUCCAUGCUCAACACAGUCAUCUACGCCCGCGACAAGUGGCUGAAGCCGGACGGACUCAUUUUCCCUGACAGAGCUACUCUAUACGUCACGGCCAUUGAAGACCGGCAGUACAAGGACUACAAAAUCCACUGGUGGGAGAACGUGUACGGCUUCGACAUGUCCUGUAUCAAGGAGGUGGCCAUUAAGGAACCGCUGGUAGACGUGGUGGAUCCCAAACAGCUGGUCAGCAACUCCUGCCUGAUCCGGGAGGUGGACAUCUACACGGUGAAGGCCGAGGACCUGACCUUCACCUCGCCCUUCUGCCUGCAGGUGAAGAGGAACGACUACAUCCACGCGCUGGUCACUUACUUCAACAUCGAGUUCACUCGCUGCCACAAGAGGAUCGGCUUCUCCACCAGUCCAGAGUCCCCCUACACUCACUGGAAGCAGACGGUCUUCUACCUGGAGGACUACCUGACGGUGAAGAGCGGAGAGGAGAUCUUCGGCACCAUCAGCAUGAAGCCAAACGUCAAAAACAACAGAGACCUGGACUUCACCGUGGACGUGGACUUCACGGGUCAGCUGUGCACGAUGACCAAGUCCCUGGAGUACCGGAUGCGUUAGGUGUUUGUCUUCAUUAUGGACAGAUCAUGAUGUGAAAGUGGGGGCCUCUGUUAGGUCACGGCUCCUCGCAGCAACGUUUCAGACUUUUUUCCUCGUUUUCUUAUUCCGACGUUAACAGUAUUUAAAGCAUUUCACGUCUUUGAGUUCAAACGUGAUUCUGUGCCGUAGUUCCUUGAGGCGUUUGCUAAACAUCUUCAUGGUUUUGGGUCUUUUGCAUGUGUGGGUUUGUCUCCAUGGAAACGUGGUGGGACCCCCCCCCCUCUCUCUGGUUCCUCUGCUGUAGCCUCGUUUGGUUCAGUGUUGGUUUACAUGUUCUGCGACCCAAAAGGCCGUUCUAGUCCGGUUCCAUAAAAACUAAAAGGUUUUCUGUUUGUUCUGUUUUUUUGCUGCUUUUUUUAAAAAAAUAAAGCGUAAAGCGUCUUCAUUUUAACAACUGUACAUUCUGAGCUUUGACCAUCCAUUGGGUCCGGGGCGGGCUGCAGUUUGGUCCUGAAGCUUCUGUCAGCUGUGUGACCAUGAACGUACGUCUGCAGUUGAUCUGAUCAUGUGACUGUAAAUAAACGCAUCUUUAACGCCA